UGAGUCACGUGAGUUGCAAAGUGUCCUGAACUGUGCUUGAUAUGUCGUUCUACACUAGUGUAACAGACGCAGCGGCCUGUCUUGGCUCUUGAGGGAUCAACAUGAAGACUUUCUUCGCAUUACUGGUGUUGGCAUUUGCCAGCCAAGCCAAUGGCCAGGCAGCAGGCCAGGUUGUCUCUGUCGGAGGGAGUGCUGACAAGGUGUGCACUGACUGCAUCAACUUCUUCACUGAUAUAUCCAAUAUCGUGUCAUCAGCCAACACAACAGCUGAGAUCGAACAACUCCUGGACCAGAUUGUUUGUUCUAAGUUUGGUGGCCUGGAAGAAAUGUGCAAACAACUUAUGAAGAACUAUGUUCCUCAAAUGCUGAAGUAUCUUGCCCAGGAAGAUAACCCCAACCAGAUCUGUGGACUCCUCGGCAUGUGUACUCAAGAGAUUCACGAGCGUUCGCAUCCUGUAGCAAAGAAGGCCGUGUCUGAUGUGGUGGAAUGUGACCUGUGCAAGGAGGUGGUCACUAAGCUGAGAGCCUUGGACAGAGACCAGACAACACAGACUGAGCUGAAACAGUUUGUCGAAAAUAAUAUCUGCCCCUACCUUGGCAGUGCACAAAAACAGUGUGUACAGGAGGUGGAGACAUAUGCUGCCAUCUUGUUCCAGCUGCUGGCCAAUGAGCUGGAUCCCACUGUAGUGUGUGAGUAUCUGAAGCUGUGUACACAAGCCAAAACUGUGCCGUUGACUCGUAUUGGAUUGGCUUCCUACCAAACAAAGGUCAAGGUCAUGGGUGCUCCUAAAAAAGUCAAGGUCAGCGUUGAAUGCACACUCUGUGAAUUUGCGUUGACUGAAGUGGAUCAAAUUCUUGGGAACAACAGGAGUCAGGCUGCAGUGGAGGCGGCGCUGGACAAGAUUUGUAACUUGUUGCCAUCCAGUGUCCGUGAUGAAUGUGUCAACUUUGUCAACACGUAUGGGGAUGUCAUCAUCAAACUGCUCGUCCAGAACUUGAAGCCAGAUGAAAUCUGCAAAGAAAUUGGCUUGUGCGCACAGGGUGUAAGAGCCGUCAAGCCUAAAGUCAGUGCUGAUGUUGGCUGUAUCGUCUGUGAGUUUAUCAUGACCACAGUGGAUUCUCUCAUCUCUGCAAACAGUUCACAGGCGGAGGUUGAAGCAGCGCUGGAGAAGGUGUGCACUCUAUUGCCAGCAACCAUCAGUGCCGAGUGUAGCCAGUUUGUCGAGGAAUAUGGUCCAGCUGUCAUCAACUUACUGGUCAAUAAACUGGACCCCAAGAGUAUCUGCACAACGCUACGUCUGUGUACAAGCAGCAAGGGUGUUAAAGUCUCAAAGAGUCCAUCAUUCACACCAAAGACCAAGGUAUCUGCAGGCCCUGAAUGUGUAAUAUGCGAGUUUGUUAUGCGUGAAGUCGACACUCUCCUUGGUGACAACAAGACACAGGCUGCUGUAGAGGCAGCUUUGGACAAAGUAUGUAGCCUGCUGCCAAGUACCGUAUCGCAGGAGUGCACCGACUUUGUCAAUACAUAUAGCCCAGCCAUCAUACAGCUCCUUCUCCAAGAACUUGAUGCCAGUGUGGUUUGCAGUGCCCUUGGCUUGUGCUCACAGAGAAGAAACAAAAUAGUGCCCCUGAAGGUGAAUGAUGAAAUCUGUGACCUGUGUGUGACCGUGAUGAACUACGCUGAUGCACUGCUGAAGGAAAAUGCUACCGUGCAGGAUGCCGAGAUGGUCUUGGACAAAGUUUGCAACUUUCUGUCUGCUCAGAUGACAAACCAGUGUUUGGCCUUCGUUGACCAGUACGCACCACUUGUCCUUGACCUUCUUGCCAGCGACAUUGACCCCAGGCAAAUCUGCAAGACCAUAGGCUUGUGUCCAACCAGCCAGAAGGGUGUCCAGAACAAGCUACACAAGUUGUUGGAGCAGGGCAAGUGCUCAUAUGGACCAAGCUUCUGGUGUGCCAGCAAAGAUAAUGCCAUACAGUGCAAGCCAAUGGCCAAGCAGCAGGCCAGGUUGUUCUGUUUGGAGGGUGCAAACACCUAUGAAGAACUAGCGUUCCUCAAAUGCCAAAGUUUUUUAUCUGCCCAGGAAGAUAAAAGUACAUUUCAUCUUCCUGUAGCAAAGAAGGUCGUUCGAUGUGCGGAACGUGACUCAGUAAAGGAGGUGUCACCGGCUGAGAGCCUUGGACAGAGACCAGGUACAACACAGGAAACACGCUUCAAAGUCAGCACAGUUGCAGCCGACUUCGCUCUGGUUUGCAGUGUGUACAGGGAGGUGGAGACAUAUGCUGCUGCCAUCUUGUUCCAGCUGCUGGCCAAUGAGCUGGUAAGAAUGUCACCCCUGUGUAUGCCAUUUAGGUAG